AUGGGAAGUGCUGGUCUUCAAAAUCAAGCUCGUCAACUUGGAGGCAACGUCAGUUUUGCGCAGAGCUUAAGCGGGUCGCAACCAGCAACACCGCUUGACCUUUCAAAGGCCGCGAAGGAGAAGAUGCAAGCCAUGCAACAUGGCUCACCUGAAAAGCCGCCCAAAAAGGGUUAUGCUGAAGUCCUCAAGACUAGCGAAUUUCCCUCGCUCUCCAACAACGCCCAGAUGAACAGCAGCGGCCAGGCGAACAUGUGGUCUUCAACAGCAUCUCGGAAUCUGGGCAGCGGUCCAGUGCCACGUAACCAGCCAACACCGUUAUCCGCCCAGAACGUGCAGGAUGAGUUAUUCACCCCCACCUCAGCUCGUCAAGCUGGCUUUCGUUUUGGUAGCCAGAACAAUGCUGGAGCGGCAUCUCAGGCGCCAUCUAAUCCGGUGGACGACUUUCCACCGCUGAACCGGAAUGCAAACGGCGAAAUCGGCGGCGAGCGCGGUGGUAACAUUGUGCCCUCAUUGGGAUUCGGUAACCAGGCGAGCGGCGUGGCCACGGCGAUACCUAACCGCGGUGCAGGUAAUGGCCUGCUCAAUGCGCUAUCCGCGAACAGCAGAACAUCAGAUGGCCGCUCACCAUCUGUCGCUAGCAUCUCGGGCCAAUCGAGAACGCAAGACGCAUCUGCCGACGAUGAAAGCAGACAGAAGAGUGGCACCUUCCGGGAAGAGGCUGCUGGUGACAGCUCAUACCAGAACCCCGAGAACCGGAAUCCUCUGGGUGCCAUUGGCAACGACUCACUAACUGGCAAGAGCAAGGAUGAAACGGAGCCCCAAUCUCUUGAAGUGCAAGAUCCCUUGGCCGGUUUGGCACCUAUCGACAAGUUCGGUAUGAAGGGUCUGCGUAUGUUGAUGAAUAACUAUCCCAGUUAUGGGGCACUGAUGCAGGGAAUGGAUCCGAACGAGUUCGGUCUGAACGUUAACUCGUCAGAUCUCAUCUCGACCCAGAUCUACUCUCUCUUCGAUGACACACCGCCUCGUCCCGCGAUUCCGAAUGUUCGUCUCCCCGAGUGCUACAAAGUCACAAACGUCCAGCCCAUUGAGACGAAAAUCCCGUCUUUCAACGAGGAGACCCUUUUCUGGAUCUUCUACAGCUGUCCCCAAGACAUUAAACAACACCUCGCUGCGGUCGAACUGCACUCUCGCAACUGGCGGUGGCACAAGAAGCUGCAUUUCUGGCUGACUAAGGAUGAGCUUAUGAUGCCUGCCAGCCUUGGUCCUCAUCACGAGCGCGGCUACUACAUUAUCUGGGACACGACCAACUGGCGUAAGGAGCGGAGAGAGCUCACCCUUCACUACGGUGAUCUGGAGACGAACCUGGUACAACCGGCAGCAUAA